AAAAAAUCGAAGUGCCGAGGAUCAAUAAAUUUGGUAAGUAAUAGAGAUAGAUUAAGAUUGUGUAUUAAUAAUAAUAUUUAUGAUAAAAUUGAUAAUCUACUUUUUAUUAUUGAGCUCAGCCUUAGGAAUUUAUAGUGAUGAUGAUGUGUUUUAUUGUUACGAUAAUUUGACUGAUGAGGAACUGUCUGAAAAGAUUAUAGUGCAACCCUUAGAUCAAUAUAUAUUUCUUAUAGUUUGUAAUUGAAAAUGUUAUCAUCAUUUAGCCCCAUUAGCAUUUAUGUGCACUAUAUUCAUCACCUACAGCUUUAUCAAGUAUCCGAAUACAAGGAAAAUGCCUGGGGAUAUAGUUUUCUUUAUAUCUCUGUCUGAUGCAAUAUUAUGUAUACAUUGGUUUGUGACUGCUUGUUACUACACUACAUACGGUUAGAAUCCUUUGAGUUCAGGUUUAUUCUGUCAGAUCAAUUCGAUGUUUAGUAUAUUUGCAGGAACAGGAGAAGUAUCUUAUAAUGUAGUGUUUUGCAUUUACAUUCGAUUAACUCUAAAAACUCAAUUCAAAGUAAUACCCAAGUUGCCUACGAUACUGCAUUCAUUGGCAUGGUUAGCAAUGAUAUCAAUUCCACUCUUAGCUAAGUUUACUGAUAAAAAUGGUCUUUCAAUAUUUGGCACCUGCAGUUUCAAAUAUCAUCCUGGGUUUCCGUUGGCUGGUAUCGUACUGGUAUUUUUAUACACUCUUAUUUCAUUGUAUACAAUAUGGUAUUUCAAUAAAGCCAUUCCUGAUGAUGAGAAAUACAGAGAAAUCAAGGAUACUUUUGCAAAAUAUUACUAUCGUUACAUCAAAGGAUCGUGUAUUAUAUGGACAUGCGAGGCAAUAUCCUUUACAAUUGCAGGCUUCAAUUGCUCAUAUUUUCAUGAGGGAUUUCUCCUUAUUUUUAUAACCAUAGGCAAUUCAGCUAAAUUAUGCACACCAAUAGUAUUAUCCAUUUUAAGAUACAACGAUCCAACUAUAAAAGAUCAAGUCAAAAGAUUGUGGAGGAAAGUUUGGAGGAGGGACAAUGUCUAAAGUGAAUUCUGUAAUAUUAUUAACUAUUCUUAUAGUGGAUGAUGAUGCCAACUUUUAUGAUACAAUCCAUUAAAAUCUUAAAUUUGAUUAAGUCAAUACAAUCAUUUUUGGUAUUAGAGCUGUUUGCAAAUCAGAUGUAAAGGCAGAAGUAUCUAUAUAAGAUGAAUUUGAUCAAAUUAAUAUUCUUAGGAGAUAUACAGAUUAUAAAUUCCAAAAUGAGACAGUUUCAAAUAAUGAUAAUGCCAAAUUGAAAUCUAAUUACAAUUUAGAUACCGACGAUUUUAUUGAAGAAAUCCUCUACGAAAUAGAUAACAAAGGAUCUCAGAAUGAAAACACCGUCGAAUUAAAAUUGUUAUAAUCAACAUUUACUGUCUAUGCACCAACGAUAUUCCAGAAAAUCAGAGAGAGGGAUAAAAAUAUGAUUAAUCCUUUCAAAUCAUUUGAUCUCAUUGCCAAUUAAGAUCAAAUUAAGUAAUUCAAAGGACCAGAUGGAGGCAAGGGAGGUGCUUUCUUCUUCUUCACUCAUGAUAACAAAUUAAUCAUCAAAACAUUGUCUGAUUAAGAAUUAGCUGUUAUUAGAAAGAAUCUGAUACCUUACUUCCUUCACUUAAGUGAAAAUGAAACAGUCAUUUCACCAAUCUAUGGCAUUUAUAAAUUAUUCAGAUAAAAUGUAUUAUAUUUAUUCAAUUAUUUAGGUUGAAGAGUCCAUUAAUGUAGUAGUGAUGAGAAAUGCUAUGUAAAUACCAUCCAUGUACAGAGUCAGAACUUAUGAUAUCAAAGGAUCUGAACACUCAAGAUAGGUGUUAAAGAAAAACAAAAAAACCAAUGAUAUUGAAUUAAAGAAAAUUACAUUAAAAGACAUUGAUUUUCAGAAUUUAGAAUAAUAACUCCAUAUACCUUAAUAAUAUAGAGAAAGAUUGAGAAAAUGUUUAAUUAACGAUGCUAACUUUUUUAGUAAAAUCAAGUUGAUGGAUUAUUCCCUCUUGAUUAUUAAAAUGGAUUGGUAUUCAUAUAGCUAGAAUAACCCACAUAUUAAAGAGGCAGAUGUAAAUAUAAUUUCAUAUUUCGAAGAUUCCUAAUUAUUUUUCAUCUGAUCUAUUAUGCAUACCAUGCAUAAAUGCUGUUGAAAGAGGAAUUUAUUAUCACAUAGCUAUCAUUGAUUAUUUGUAAGAGUGGAAUGCCUAAAAAAUUAUUGAAAAGCACACUAAAAAAGCUAUUCAUGUAAAUAUAGCUUUAGAUACAUCUGCUCAGAAUCCAGAUGAUUAUGCUAAAAGAUUUAUAGAAAAAGUUGCAAAUGUAAUUAUAUGA